CCGCCUGUUAACAGUACGUGAGCAGACGUUGGCGUGUGCAAACCGCCUAGCAGAGCUCCCGUUGUACAGGAUUUCAGCACCUGUUUGUUUUCUAAGCAAUAUGCCAGAGGAGGCAGACAGCGCGGAAGCCAGCCAGACGACGCAGGCGAUGCUGACGGAGGCGGAUGUGCGGAGGGCCCUGGCGACAGACAAAGGGCCCGACGCAGACCUCACAUCCUGGAGCACGAAGCCGGCGACGAAGAAAGGAGACAACUACAUCAGCGCCUUGACGGGGGUUCAGGUCGUCUACUCGCAGGAGGGGAAGCAGAAGGAGGCGUCGUACAUCGUGAAGCUGAAGCAGGACGAAGGGGGCAGCGGGAAAUACCAGAUGAACAGGAUGGUGUAUGGGUCCGAGGGGGGAUUCUACACCCGCCUGCUGCCCCGACUCAACCACACGCUGCAGACUGCGGGGAUCGACGCGCUGAGAGUGCCCCGCUGCCCUCACGUCUCCUGGGGCGAAGGGGACAAGCAGCUUUUCCUGGAGGACCUCAGACCGCGGGGAUUCACAGUGCACGACCGCAGGAAGGGCAUGGACGAGCGACACACCUACCUCGUCCUGCAAGAACUGGCCAAGCUCCACGCCGCGUCCUUCCUGCUGCAGCGAGACUCCCCCGAGGAGGACCUGGCCGCGACCUUCGACUUCCUGACGUGGGAGUGGUACAACUUCUCCGACAUCACCGAGAAGACGUUCGACAGCGUCCUCUCGGGGGGGAUGUUUACCGCCUCCCGUCUCGCCAGGAAGAUCGGCAACGAGCAGGUAGCGACCUGGUUCGAGACGCUGGCGCCGACGGGGGUGGAGUGCCUGCGGGAGCAGCUCCGGCCCAGCGCCCCCUUCGACGUCGUCGGCCACGGCGACUGCUGGGUAAAUAACCUGCUUUUCAGGUACGACUCGAAAGGUCAUCCUCAAGAGAUCAUGCUCCUCGACUUCCAGUUCUGCCGACGCUCCUCCCUCGCCGUCGACCUCUCCUACUUCCUCUUCACCAGCCUGGCGGGCGACGUCAGGAACCAACACCUCGACCAGUUCCUGUCCUUCUACUACGACGCCUUCGCCAGGAUCGUGGCCGCGGGAGGGGCGCGAGUCCCCUUCUCCUUGGAGGACGUGAGACUCGAGUUUCGAAGGAAGAAGCUCCUCGGCCUGGUCUUUGGGGCGCUGAUGAUGCCCGCCCUCGUCUGCGCUGACGACGAGGUGCAGGAGCUGGACGUCACCUCCAGUGACGCCGCCAAGAACUACGUGGAGGUGAAGCGCCAGAACUCCCUCUCGAUGCUGGAGAAGAACCCGCUGCUGGAGCCCCGGCUGGUCGACCUGUACGCGGACAUUGUGGCCUUUAUUGAGCGGAAGUAGCGAGUGUUGUGUGUGUAAUUAUCUUUAUUAUUAGAAGUAUUAUUAUUAUUAUUGAUAUUAUUAUUAUUGUUGUUGUUAUUAUUAUUAUUAUUAUUAUUAUUAUC